CCCGUUCCCGCCGCAACGAGAUUGCUUGUUUAUUUCGCAUGAUUUGAUACUUAAGUUUAUAUUAACUUGUUGUUUGUUUACCAAUUACAAAAAUCAAUAAAUCUCUAACAUUUAGUUGUUCUUUUAACAUAAUGGGGAAAAAGUCUGCUGCUUCAACUAGCAAAAGCAAAGAAAAACGCCAAGCAAGGAAAUUGGAACAACGGCGUAUAGCUGAUGGCAUGACCUAUGUGACAUUGGCUAACAAACUUACAGACUUAGCUACAUACUGCAAGGAGUUACUCAUAUAUCGGAACAAAGAACUUGAAGUGGAUAUGUAUAUACAAAAAGUUACAGAUCUUGACAAAAACAUAUUACAAUGGGCCAUUGAUUUGACUGAAAGGAACAUGAAAAAAUUAUAUGAAACUUGUGCUUGGGGUUGGAAUAAAGAAAAAAAAGUAGAAGAGAUGACAGAUGAUAAUGCCUUUUAUUUAAUUGCCAAAGCCAAGAAUGGUUCACCGCUGGCAUUCUCUCACUUCAGAUUUGAUUUAGAUUUUGGAGAACCUGUCUUAUACUGUUACGAAGUGCAAGUAGAGGCGGAGGGUAGGAGACGCGGGCUCGGGCAGCGCGUGCUCAAGAUCCUGGAGAGGCUGGCGCACGGCACCCGCAUGCGAUACGUGCGCCUCACUGCGCUCACGCACAACCCCGCCGCUGCCGCCUUCUUCAGGGCAUGCGGGUACAAUUUGGAUGAAACGAGUCCUCCCAAGGAAGAAGCCGCCCACUACGAGAUCUUGAGCAAGGCGACCGGCGAUCAAGCGGCCGACGAUGCACAAAGCUGUGAUCUCAGCGAUGGCAUACAAGCAGUACACGUGGAGGCACAAUUAUAGCGUUAAAUACCCAUAUUGGGUCAGAAAGGGUCGAC